AUCCGCUCGACUCCAUUCCGCUGCUCUUCCUUUCCCCUCCCUUCCUCUCCUCCUCCUCCUCCUCCACUCUCGCUUCCCCCUCUUCCCCGACUCCUCAAUCAUCCCUCCUCCGUCAAAAUGGGUGUCACCUUCGACAAGUGCGAGACCCGCCCGGCCAACAUCGAUGUCAUCCUGAACGGCCUGGACCGCUACAACCCCGAGACCACCACUGUCUUCCAGGAUUAUGUCGCCCAGCAGUGUGAGGACCGCACCUUCGACUGCUACGCCAACCUGGCCCUGCUGAAACUCUACCAGUUCAACCCCCACCUCCUCCAGCCCGAGGUCGUCACCAACAUCCUCGUCAAGGCCCUGACCGUCUUCCCUUCUCCCGCCUUCUCCCUUUGCCUUGCUCUGCUCCCCGCGCACACCCAGCCCUUCCAGUCCUCUGACGCCGAAGCCCAAGCCGCCGCCCAGACCUCUGACUUCGUCGAGUCCAUCCAGAAGCUCGCGCGCCUCUCCACCCUUCUCGAGUCCGCCCAGUACACCCAGUUCUGGUCCACCCUGAACUCGGACGACCUGUACGCCGACCUGGUUGCUGACGUUGCCGGAUUUGAGGAGCUCGUGCGCAUCCGCAUUGCCGUCGAGGUUGGCAAGACCUUCCGUGAGAUCCCCGCCGAGGUUCUGGAGCAGUGGCUCGACCUGCGCAGCCGUGAGGCUCUCGAGAAGUUCGUCGCCGAGGUCUGCAGCUGGGAGGUUGAGAAGGCUGGUCCCAACGGCACCGUCAUCAAGGUGCCCACCAACAAAGAGAACGAGGCCCGCAGCGAGGUCAAGAGCGAGCGUGUCGACGCCGAGAUGUUCGGCCGUGUCAUCCGCCGGGGAUUCGAGCAGGCCGCAUGAGCGAGAUAGAAAUAUCCGCCCAUCGCACCAGCCUUUCUCGUCUUUGAUUCCCUUUUCUAUUCUUGCUAAUAUUUUGCCUCGAACGAUCAACUCUGGGGGGUUCCAAAAACCACCCAGACUUCGGUAUCGGUUUGUUGGAAGAAGAGAUCGACCGCUAAAAGCAAAACGGGACGAAGUAUGAUCGUUCCGCUUCGAAAACACUUCGGAGUCCAAAAAAAGAUGAUGAUGACGGGGGAUAGACCAGCAUGGGGAGGGUUGGGAAGUCCGGACCUGGCGCAAUUGGCGUUUUGAGUUUUGCUUCUGCAUGACUAGGUUGUUUUUAUCAUCAUCAUCUUCCUUUCCUUCUCCAUUAUCCUCACCUUAUUUCUCUCCACGUGAAAAUAACGCAAUUUCACCCAUGAUAUCCAUAUGUUCGUAUACACGCAAAAUCAGUGCCACCACCAAGCAAACCAACUUGAUGAUCAUGACCAGG